CGUCACUUUCAGAAUCAGCAUCCAUCUGAAAGCGAACAGCAUCUCAUUUCCCUUGUUCUCCCAAACCGUCGACUAUCGUUGUAAGAGAACUUAAAGACUUUCUAAAACUCAACACAAUGGCUUUAAGAGGAUCUCUUUCUCGUCUUCUUAGAACACAACUUCACGCCUGUCAAAAUAGCCGGGCGCAUUCAGUCGCUAUUUUGGGAGCUCCGUUUUCAAAAGGACAGAAAAGAAGAGGAGUCGAGCACGGACCAAAAGCCAUCCGGGAUGCCGGUCUAGUUGAGAGACUGUCAAAUCUAGAUUACCCCGUCCAUGACUUUGGAGACCUGAAUUUCCAGCAUUUGGAAAAUGACGAGCCAUACAUGCAUGUGCCUUUCCCACGCACCGUGGGCCGGGCCAACAAGCUUCUGGCCGGCGCUGUGAGCCACGCUAUCGAGGCAGGACACACCAGUGUCCUGCUCGGGGGAGACCACAGCCUUGCUAUUGGCUCUGUGCAAGGCCAUGCUCAACAGUGCCCCGAUCUGUGUCUGAUCUGGGUGGAUGCCCAUGCUGACAUCAACACGCCCAUGACCUCCCCUUCUGGUAACCUUCACGGCCAAUCGGUGGCCUUCAUGCUCAAGGAACUCCGAGACAAGAUGCCGGAUAUCCCAGGAUUUUCUUGGAUGAAGCCUUUCCUCGCCUCCAGGGAUUUGGUCUACAUUGGCCUGAGAGAUGUGGACCCAGGCGAACACAUUAUCCUGAAGAACCUAGGAAUCCAGUACUUUUCCAUGAGAGACAUUGAUAGAAUGGGCAUUCAGAGAGUUAUGGAGGUCACUCUUGAUCAUCUUUUGGCCAGGAAACAAAGACCGAUACACCUGAGCUUUGAUAUUGAUGCCUUCGACCCUUCCCUGGCCCCGGCCACUGGGACCCCAGUCAACGGAGGACUGACUUACAGAGAGGGCAUUUAUAUCACAGAGGAAAUCCACAAAACAGGGCUGUUGUCUGCUAUGGACCUGGUGGAGGUGAACCCUACUCUGGGCGCAACCAGCGAGGCGGUGGAGUCCACGGCCAGCCUAGCGGUGGACGUAAUCGCGGCAUCACUAGGACAGACGCGUGAAGGCUCACACGGAGUCUACCAGGAGGAGCCUGCGUCGAAGGAAGACACCGAGCAACUGCGGCUGUAGAGCCACUAACGCUUGAGUUAUGGACUGUCACAUCUCAUGAUUCUGCAUUCCAAAUGCCCUCCAAGUGUCUCGCUUUGAGACAAGAUCACAAGUGUGGCUGGUAGAAGUAUGCUGUUGGACACUCUGCUCACUCAAGGUGUUGAAUUCAAAAGUCGUCCAUCGUCUUGAAUUCAUACAUAGACCAGAACAAAUGAUUGCCUGAAUACAGGUUCUUACAGUUAAGGUCCAGUGAGGGGGUGAAUGUGUGCAAGUGUGUAUGUUAGUAAGUAAGCCAUCAGGACUGCUGUUUGUAGCUUCGUUUACAGGUGUAAUUAGUUGAAUAUGGACUAAGUACAUAAUUUACGUGUGGGAAAUGAAAGUUUGAAAAUUAAAUGACAGCUUCAGAAUUUAUUUCAUUGGCUAUUUCAGGAUUUAGCAAGACCUUGGCUACUGAUCCACAUUGGCUGUGCCAGUGGCACCUUUGCAAUAAUGACAAGUGUUUGCACUUUAGGACCAAGUGCAGUUUUUAAUGAGUUAUUUUAUAUAGUUGUACAUUAUAGUGUGUGAAAAUUCUCAUGAGUGACUUUUUGCUAUGUAUAGUUUUAAUUUGUAUAGCCUUGUAGAUAUAUUUUUAUUCUGUUUUGUCAUGACGUACCAAUCAAAGAAAAUAACUUAAUUUUUCCGGAGACAAAUCACUAUCAGAGAAAUUGAAACGUGAAAAGGUAUGGCAACAACUGUCCUUUGAAAUGACAUACCACGUCUGUUUACACAUUUCAUGGUAGACCUGCUUUUACUUGUCUUUCUAAAUAAUUCAGAACUCAAUAAAAUAGUGAACUACA